UCCAUGAACUUGCAGACUUAUAUUCCAACACUUUAAUCGUUCGCAGGUCAUAUUUACUGACACUACUGAGCAGUCAAUACAGUGAGCCGAUCUCAUCAACAUGUGUAACCCAGAGCGCAUAAUCAUUAGAGCGUGUGUCACCGACAUUCCCGGUGUCUCCGAAGUUCGACCUUGGACGCUUGCAAAGCUGUUCCUCAAACACGAACGUGGACGUUAUCUCGACAAGCAAAACGACUUCAUUCAUGGUUUGCCUGGAUUCGAUGUUCUAGACGAAAACCGCAAGAUCAAGAGAUGGUGUAUGGUCGAUCUCAAUAUGUCUGGUAGUCCCGAUGGCGAAGCGUCUUCUGUGCCUCAUGGAGUAUAUCUGGCGACCAGAACAGAUGAAGGAUGGGUGUUUGAAUUGCACAGCACAUGGGAGGACAAAGCCAAAAUCUUCACUCGACAGUAUAGCUGGAGAGGUACCAAGGAAACAUCGCAAGGAAGCGUUUCAAUUCUCAGUAAGGAAGGGUGCGAGACUUAGGUGAGAGAAGCAAAAAGAAAGGAAGGACAAAACAUACAGCAGCAGGGAUUCCCACGUGGUCACCCACCGUAGUACUAAUCUGCC